ACUGAAGAUCCUGUUCCAGCUUAAAUAUGUGGAGUUCUUACUAGUGGUUGAUUACCAUGGUAUGAAAUAAUGCAGUUUGGACGAUAUCGUCCCAGUUCUAGUUCUUUAGUGAAAAAACCAAACGGUUGGCAGAAACUUUGGUGGCAAUAUGCGCAGGAAUCUGUUUUGUUGGAUAUCCGCAGGAAACUAAAGAAAACUUCAUGGAGAUACCUUGGACAGCGACUGAGUAAGCGUCGGAAGUAUGUUACCUUGUACAAGGUGAAACUCGACUUUCUUCAACAGGAACUGCCAAUUGAUGAAUCUAUCCUUUGGGAAUUGGAGCAAAUGGAGAAAGACUCAGAUAUUGAUGAUAUCUUGAGUUGCAGGUCUGCUGCAGAGUGUGAGCUUCAGGAAGUUUUGACAAAGUCUUCAACCGCAAAUAUGGAAGUAAAUGAGACCAAUAUAUCUGUCAAAAAGCUACGGAAUGAUGAACAUUCAUCAGGUAGCUCUCGUGGAUGGUUGAACUGGCUAUCUCGCGGCAUGCUUGGUGCUGGGGGAACAGAUGAUUCUAGUCAGUUUUCUGGUGUUGUCUCUGAUGAAGUUGUCAAGGAUAUAUAUGAAGCAACAGAAUUUCAUCCUCAAGCUGUUUCGGCUCAGGAUUCUGACGUAAAUGACAAGAUUUAUACAUGUGCAAUCAAAUUCAACAUCCUUGAAAUUUCUGCAAGAAUGUACAGCAUGUAUUCUUGUCAAGAAAUUGCUAGUCGAUCUUUCGGGAGGAAUUAUUGAAUGUAAGAUUUGGGAAGAAUCAGCCACAAUUGAUGUCAUUGUUAAUUCUGGAAAGAUGGUUUAUCCACGUGAUGGAAAAGACAUUGUCAAACUUGCAAGGGUGUUGUACAGGACGAAGGAUGCUUGAAAGUGGGCCAUCAUGUCGAGUCCAAGUGGACAUAAACCCAAAGCAAUAUGUUGAAUUAUCAGUGAAGGUUAGGGUUGAACCACUUGAGGUUGCAUGCAAUUUGGACUUCUUUCUUCGGUUCAUUGAAUUUUUCGCUGUUUUCAAAUCCUUCAAGUUUCAUCAAGAAAGGAGAUCAUGCAAGAAUAGGGUUUGGAGACUGUUGAAUACUAAAAGUUACUUUCCUAAGGCAGGUAUUGUCAUCACUAAACGGAUUUGAGGAUGUUAAGGCACGAUUGUUUGCUAAAGCUGAGUAUAUUUUAGCAAGUUAUAAAAAAGUGAAGUGGGAUGUUAGCGUAGUUGAUGUCAUCAUAAAUGUUCCCUGCCAAGAUAUAAUCUCAAAACAGACAACAUGGUUCUGGAACUGAGAUCUUUUUCAUUGAAUCUAAAUUCGACAUAGAUCUCUUGG